UCCUUCUCCAUGUAAAAAUUACGCCCGAACGAACUCAACCCUGCUCCCGCGAGCGCAGAUAUAAAAUAAAGGGCACUCAUGCCUGCUUUCUUGUUCCCCCCUGGCCCUUCUUUCAUUAUUCUUCUGCGCUCUGUUCUCUUGCGGCACUGGGUAUACAUACAACAAGGGAAGAGGGAGGGGAGGCAAAUGCUUGGCACAGAUUCUUCAUUUUAAGAUAUUUGAAAUGUCAGUAGGGCUUGGCCUUCUGGAAUGCCCUGCUAAACCAUAGGCGUGUUCUGUUGGAAGUUGGAACAAAAACUUGAUUGAAAGUUCAAGCCUAAACAAAACCAUGGAGAGUGAAAUCAUGGCCCCCUAUGAAACCAAGCAGAACUGCGAAAUAAGGGUAUUCGAGAGUUCAGACGAGAUGGCAACAGAUCUGGCAGAGUUUAUUUCACAAGCUUCAGAAAUUUCAGUUAAGGAAAGAGGAUACUUUGCUAUUGCUCUUUCUGGAGGACCCCUUGUCAGACAUAUGCGGAAGCUCUGUGAAGCACCAUACAACAAGACCCUUGAUUGGUCUAAAUGGUACAUCUUCUGGGCUGAAGAACGUGCAGUAGCAAAGAACCAUGCAGAGAGUAACUACAAAUUAGCAAAGGAAGAAUUUAUCUCCAAGGUGCCUAUUCCUAAUGGUCAUGUCUACUCCAUCAACGACAAUGCAACGGUGGAAGAGGCAGCAACUGACUAUGAAUUUGUCAUCCGGCAGCUGGUCAAGGUUCAGAGAGUUGGAGUCUCAAAGAUCAACGACUGCCCCAAAUUUGACCUUAUUCUUCUGAACAUUGGUCCUGACGGGCAUGUAGCCUCAUUGUUCCCCGACCAUCCAGCGCUUGAGGUGAAAAAUGACUGGGUCACCUACAUCACUGACUCUCCAGAGCCUCCACCUGAGAGGAUUACCUUCACCCUUCCUGUGAUAAACUCGGCAUCAAACAUCGCCAUAGUUGCCACCGGAGAAGACAGGGCAAACGCUGUCUCUUUUUCCAUUUCUGACUGUCAAGAAGGCCCAGAUGCUAAAACAAUACCGGCUGGAAUGGUUCAACCAACUGAUGGGAAGUUGGUAUGGUUUCUGGACGAGGCCGCUGCUUCAUCUCUUGAAGCUGCAAAUGGUGCUUACGAGCAUCAAGGGUACUGAGACAACUGCAACUGUUGCAACCGCAGCGGAGUUAGACAUCCUUUUUGCUGUGAAUGAAGAGUUGUUCAUGUAGUUGACAGAUUUGGACGGGAGAAUUUCUGUACCUUGAGACAUGCAGACUGGGUGCUACCUUUGCGAGCCCUACUCUCUCUGAUUUCUUCAGAGUCGAAAAUUUCCAUAUCUUUUGCAGUUGGAUGUGGCCAAGAGUGAAGUAAUUUGUGUUUUAAAUGUCGAGACCUCAUAUCAGAGUAACUAAGUUCGACCAUAUAUUGGUCGCAACAUAUGGUCCUAUUUUAGUGUGUUGUCAGUUUUAUCCUAACUGAAAUUAGAUUCCUUUUUGUGACGGUUUUGGAA